AUGUACAACAGUUUGACUCAGUUGAACUGAUCUUGAGCUAAACGAGUACGCCGAUCCUUCUUCACCCCAGCAUCUCGAUACUUCCUUCUCAGAGCCUUUCCUUAGGGCAAACCCUAGAUUAACACCGUUACAGAACAGCACCGUUACACUCGCCCUACCCACCACAUUUGGAACAAGAAGAACAGGAGGAAAACGACGCCGCUUAGCGAUCAUGGCCUUCUCGUUUCGACUCUUGUCCAAAUCGAAACCGGUUUUUGGUAGCCAAACCACCUUGCAGCAGGCUCAUGCUAUUCCUACCCGCUUCUUUGCCAAACAAGCUGGUCCACCUGCUCUUAAGGGAGAUGACAUGUUGAAGGGCAUCUUUUUUGAUGUUAAGAAGAAAUUCGAGACAGCCUUAGGGAUACUUCGAAAGGAGAAGAUCACCAUUGAUCCGGAAGAUCCAGCUGCAGUUUCUCAGUACGCCAAGGUCAUGAAGACGAUAAGAGAAAAGGCAGACUUGUUCUCAGAAUCCCAAAGGAUCCAGUUCACCAUACAGACACGAACUCAAAAUAUUCCAGAUGCUCGGAAUUAUCUGUUGACAUUGAAGGAAAUACGGAUCAAGAGGGGUCUCACGGAUGAACUUGGUGCAGAGGCAAUGAUGUUUGAUGCACUGGAAAAAGUUGAAAAAGAACUUAAAAAGCCCCUCAUGAGGAAUGACAAGAAAGGGAUGGCUCUUCUAAUUGCAGAGUUUGAUAAAAUCAAUAAGAAGCUUGGAAUCCGAAAGGAAGAUUUGCCCAAGUAUGAAGAGCAGUUAGAACUCAAAAUUGCCAAGGCACAACUGGAGGAGUUGAAGAAAGAUGCUCUUGAGGCAAUGGAAACUCAAAAGAAGCGGGAGGAAUUCAAGGAUGAGGAAAUGGUUGAUGUCAAGUCUUUGGACAUUCGGAACUUCAUCUAAGAUUGGAAUUUGCUCCUGACUUGUCUGUUUGAGGUCAAUAAUUGUUUGGGCAGUUGAAACCAACAUUUUUUGUUUGGAAAAUGGAGGUUUGGGAGUAAAUCUCCUUUUAUUUCCUUUCCUUGUCACUGUUGGAUACUGUGAUCUUUGAUAUCUGAUCAGUGGAUUCGAAAUAAGUUGUGUAGGUAAUUGCAAGAUUGUGAGUCUCAAGAUUUAAAAUUACAGGAUUUGGAAACCA